GCCAAGAAUGCUCUUGCCCAUGGAGUGCAAUCAGCCCGCCACGACUGUGAUCUGUUGAGGGAGCAGUUUGAAGAGGAGCAGGAGGCUAAGGCUGAGCUACAGCGUGGAAUGUCCAAGGCCAACAGUGAGGUGGCUCAGUGGAGAUCUAAGUAUGAAACUGAUGCUAUCCAGCGUACUGAGGAGCUUGAGGAAGCCAAGAAAAAGCUGGCCCAGCGCCUUCAGGAGGCUGAGGAGCAGAUUGAGGCAGUGAAUUCCAAGUGUGCUUCUCUUGAGAAAACCAAGCAGAGGCUCCAGAGUGAGGUGGAGGACCUCAUGAUUGAUGUGGAGAGAGCCAAUGCUCUGGCUGCCAACCUGGACAAGAAGCAGAGGAACUUCGACAAGGUUGCAACGCUUACUUUGUGUGAACAU